CGUGAAACCCUCCCUUCUUCCCCAAAAAUAGGUCGAUACUGCAUGCGCGCUCAUUCGCUGUUGAGGCGUGCGUUGCGAUGGACCUCUUCUGAUGAUGCUGUGAAGAAAUCUUUUAUAUGAAAUGUGUGAAUAUGACGGAAAUGAAAUUAUUGCGAUUAAAAAGAACUUUCUCGAAUGUUUUGUUCUUCUAAAAGAAUUAUCGAUCUUUUGGUGUAGUGAUGUAAUCGUUUCAUCGUUUGCUUACCGAUGAAAUUUGUGUUUUUGACAAGAGUAACGAAAAAAAAUUAUAACUCGAACGAUUGUGAAAUUUAUUGAUAAAUUUAUGUGAAAGAAAAAAAUACACAAUGGGAACAAAGUUUGCAGCGUAUACUUUAAAAUUAACCAAUUUAAAUGAAUAUUAUCAAAGGCUUCUUCACGGUAGUCAACCGCUUCCAUCUGGUACUGACAUGGCCAAUACCGUAAAGCACUUGUCGCAAACUUUGUUAUCUGUAUUGAAAGAAGCCAGAGAAGCACCAUUGGAAAUGAUCAAGUCGCAAAAAUUUGACUCCGAACGCAUGGCUCUUUAUCCUAAUUUGGAUUACAAACAAUUGUAUAAUGCUUUGACUCAGCUGAUGGAUGUUAUUCCUUUGAUCCAUAUAGGUUUACAAGCCUUUGGACAAGCUUUAUUACAAUGUCUAGCUUGCCUUUUACCAUUUCUUGAACAUGAUUUGAUCGAUAAUAUGCCAUAUUUAGCGGCAAGUUCUAUCUCUGUUUUACCGAUGGAACUUCAUCAAGAUAUCGUUAAUUAUUUAUGUUUUUAUAUUCUACCAUUUACAAUAACAAGAAAAACCGAAGAUGGUAAUGAAAAUUCUUCCAGUCAAUCCAUUGCGGCAGUGAUAAUGAUGAUUUUUCAAUACUCUAAUAAUCCAGCACAUCACUGUCAAUUACUGGAAUGUUUAAUGACGUUGAAGCCAGGAGUAGUUAAGGAUAUAUUGUGCGUGAUCGCUUAUGGCACCGCACCAGCAAGAGCAUCCGCUGCGAAAUUAUUAUUUUACUAUUGGCCUUCGUUCAAUCCAAAUUUAUUUGAUCGUCGAGCGGUUUUAGUUAAAUUCGCAAAUGAUCUUUCUCCUUUUGUAUGUCAGAGAGAUUCUUGUCCAAACGCUGGCAAUGCCGAAGCAGGAAAGGUUUGUUAUGACCAUAGAAUUUCGAUUACUUUCGCUACCGAAUCACCACCACCACUUUAUCUUUGUAUCGAAUGUGCUAACGAGAUUCAUCGUGAACAUCCAAAUCAAAUGUUUUACGAUAUCUUACAUCCGAUGCAACAGGUGUCAAUGGUUUGUGAAAACAAGAAUUGUAGAGCAUCGGACAAGUCGGCAAUCAGCGUUUGCUUUUCAACGGAAUGUGCAAGUUAUAAUGGAAAUCAUCCAAUUCGUUAUUGUCAGCAAUGUCACAAUAUUCGGCACAAUAAUCGUCGUGGUGGUGAUCACAUUUAUCACAUGGCUCUGCCACAUAUCUCACAACUCGACGCUCAAACCCGAACUUAUUUGGUUCAAGCUAUCGUCAGCCUGCUCAAGGAAGCUGAACCGCUAAGUAUGGAUAGUAACCGCGACAUCUCAGAAAUAAGUACUAAUAAGGGCAGCACAGGAUUCCCAGGAAGCAGUGGCGGUGGUGGUGGCAGUAGCGGCAUUAGCGGAGGUGGUUCUGGAGGUGGUAGCGGUGGCGGUCUUGGAAGUAGUAACUUCUCUGGAGCUGGUGGAUCGGGUCAAUGCGAUCCUACAACACUCGAGGAGAGACAACUUUUAGGAAGAUAUGGCGUUUGGCUACUCGUGGGACUUUGUACCCCGAACCAGGAUACUCCGAUCGAAAUACUCGGGCGUUUAUUGUCAAUGCUAUUUCAUUGGUUUCAUGUCACUGCCUACUCUUUCGAUGGCCAAGCUGAAAGUGCGCUUGAAAAACUAAAGACCGAGUAUGUCUGUGGUUGGCUAUCUAAAGUUAUGAAAACCCAUUACGAUGUCUUCAUUUCCUGCCUUUUACCACAUCCAGCUGAUUACGUUAGAGUCGGAGGUCAUUGGGAGACUUUGGCCUCGAGAACGUCACAUUUGAAAGACGGUUUAAAUCGGCUUUUUUGCUUAGUUCCUUACGAGGUAAUCACGACCGACGUAUGGGAUUACGUAAUGCCACAUUGGAUGGAAGCUAUGGUUAACGACGUACCGGAACAUGAACUUCACGAAUUAAAGAUGAUUCUUUGUAAAAUUUUGGAUCCGGACAUGAGUCCAUUAGGUUUUGAUGCAAAAAAGAUGUAUAAUUUCGUAGCGAAAAGAUUUAUCAAUACCAGCCCAAAAGUGCAAGAACAAGCACUUAAUUGGCUUCAGACUUUGACGAUGUUAGAAAUUAUGAUUCCGCUGUGUCAAUUGUUCUCGAUGUUCAGUGAUGGAGUCGCGGUAAUGGGUAAAAUGAACACGAUAGAAUCCGAAGAAAAACCUAAUAAAGCUAUGAAAACUAUUGAAGGUGAUAAUACGAUAUGUAAGUAGUAAAUAUAAUUAGAAAGUUUGAAUCUAACUCUUGUUCAUGGAAUUGAAAUACUUCUUUUUGUAAGUUCAGUCGUAGAAAAUGAAUCAGGCAAAUCAACGCCCCUUUCUGAUGAUGCUAUUCCUACCCCAAGACAUAUGGAAUUUAAUACCAACGCAGAAUUAAACUUAUCUUGUUGCAUUCUUAUGCUCGAUAUUCUAUUAAAGCAGAUGGAACUACAAGACGUUGAUAAACACACUGGUAUCAACUCCUCGGUCUGUAAAAGCGCGUGUCAUCUUAUGAAAUCAAUAGUAGCAUCGAACUGGAACAAUUGUCAUAUCUGUAACUCUAAAAACGAAUGCAGUUAUUGCGAAUCAAGGGUAAUAUGGCACCAACUGUGUUUACAAUUGGUCACUUACAUGGCUCCAGAAAAUCCGGCUUAUCCACCAGACACGGUAGUCGAUGAAACAGUAGAAGAUCACGGCCGUAAGGGUUCACCCGAAUCUACUAGGAAAAGCGAUUCGAAGCCAGAUGUUGUCAUUAAUAUGCCAGUUCCAGAAUUACACUCCGUUGGCGGUGUCCUCGUUCAUAUGCCUCACUUCUUCGAACAGAUCAUGACAGCCACAGUAGAAACAGUUUCGGAGCAGUUGGAUCUUGCGGCUAUCAUGCCAGCUGAAAAGGUCAUGUCUGCCGUAGCACGAGCUGUUACCCUUUCGGAUACUGAUGUUGCUACGGCAACGGUUAGCGUAGCGAAACCACAUCUCAUAGGAGAAAACGAUCAACCUUUGAACUGUAGUCCGGAAAAUGAGCUCGACGAUUUUUGGCAAACCUCUGUUGGAAAAUUUCGAUUUUCCAUCGAUGAAUUACCCGAACAAUUGCAAUAUAUACACAAACUUCUUAAGGAGAUUCAGACUAUCGACAAAGCCGACAUUUUGUAUUACAUGUUGCAAUGUUUAAAUGUUAUGUGUUUGUAUGGGGAUGCAUUUAAUACGGCGGUUAAGGAUCAUCAAGGCUUUUUCAUUUGGUGUCAAGAAAAUUUAUUGAUAAGAAAUUUGUGGGAACUCUUGAAUGCUGAAUAUUCUCACAUAGCUGAAGUAACUGUACCUUUGUUGUUGCAUUGUGUGACACUACCAUGUGGAACCGAUACAUUUUGUCGCUUGAUCAAAGAAGAAUUUCACAAUUCCGAUUGGCGUAUUAGAUUUUUAGCAGUGGAAAGAAUAACACUGAUCGCUAGAUUUAUGGAUUCGACGCCAUUACGAAACGUUUUAAGUCUACAAGCUGCAUUAGCAAUUGCUUUUUGUUAUUUAAUCACCAGUAUGGACGAUAGCAAUGUCUAUGUUGCACAAAGAGCUACUCUUUAUCUUGGUACAAUCCAUGAUACUGCCGUACGUUCUUUAAUUCUUUGUUUGGAAACUCAAUUCGACUUAGUAAUCGAAGAUCGACCAAUGGUGUUACAAUCGCUAUAUCAACUUCACAAUUGCUUAAGUGAUCGCCGUAUUUUAACUUGGGAAUUUUUUCUCAAUCGUUUUGACGCAGUAUUUCUUGAAGCUCAAAUCAAUUUAGAGAAAUCUGGAGACAUAGUUUAUCUACGUGAUCUCAGAAAUACCGAUUUAAAUAGCGAGGUCUUCAUAAAGAAAUUACACAGAGCUCACGAAGCGCUUUCUCAAUCCGAUGGAAGUGGAACGAGUUCCGUAAAAACUCUGAGCGCGAAUUUUGGAACAAAGUGGCCAUAUAAACGAACUAUGUCAGCACCUGCAUCGAUGAUCCCCAGACAGGAUACUAAACAAGAAAAGGAAAAGGUCUAUAGUCGACAAUAUUCCGCACCUAUUUUGAAGCGCAAGAGCUCCAGAUUCGGACUGGGUCAGUUGCUGGGGCCCACCCCACCUAAUAACAGUAUUUCAGAUGGCCAUGUACAUUCAUUGAAUAUGGUCGACGAAGGUGGUACUUUACCAAGUUAUACGCAUAAAAUUGUUGAUUUUGAAGAAGCUGAUAAAGAAACCAUUCACCUAUUAGUUUUUCUUUUAAUGCAGUUUCUUUCUAGGCAAGAUCAAGCAUACCCGACAGAUGAAAAACCAUUAUCGAAGACGCAGGGAAUAGUUUUACGACAUUUGUAUCUUUUGUUGGGAUAUAAUCAAACAGAACGAACAUUUCACAUUUCUCCACAACGAUUAAGACUUUCUCCAGUAUUCAAUGUCUUCGUGGCUAAUUUACCACAAUUAUUAGACCAGAAUCAUGUAAUGGGUUGGGUAAUGACACCACCAGUUUUGGCUAUAUUACAACAUUGUCCUUGUCCACCACAAGGUGUUCCUCCGACGGAUCAUCAACAACCUACAUAUAGUCUUUGGUAUUUAGAACCACAUAUUAGACGAUCUUGGUUGAUGUCUCUUCUUGUAAUAUUAUAUAAGUGUCAAUACAGUCAACAACCGUGGUGUAAUCAAUUACAAGCUUUGAUAAAAAUAGUGUUGAAUACACUCGAUGCACAGCAUCAUCAAUGUAAGAGAAUACCAGCUACAGUGGUAAUGGGUGGGCCCCCUUCUAGAUCACGUGAUGUUUCGCAACCAUCUCUUGGAGUAGAUCAUGAUUUGACGGCUAGUGCAAUGGGUGAAUUUGAUAGUGAAAGUCCACCGAUGCGUACACCAUUGAUAUCGGUACAUCAACGUAGUCCAGGUGCAAUUCACAGUCAAUCUCUCGCAAUGGAAACUCAUUGGGAAGAGAGUGGCCCACCUUGUCGCUAUACGAACAAACAUUCAAGCUGUUCGAUCAAUGCGGAUGAUACGGAGUCCGAGCUGGCUGCAAUACCAGAGAGUCCAAAAUCUGACAGCACCUUGCAUGGUAGUAGCGGAGGAUCUCUUGGUGAACUGGAGGAAAGUACAGCCGUUGUCACUCGAAGUGCCUCUAUACAUGGUGCCAGAACAUCUACAACCGGUGAUAUAAUCGGAAAAAUCGAAGUUAAUCAUUCGAAUCGAUUGAAAUCCGGAAUGCCAGCAGCAAGACCAACUUGGUUUUUAGGAAACGAGGAUGAUACGCCUCAAGCUAAUAAAUUUGGAACUCAGAAAAAAUGGAGCGUUCACGAAGGUGUCAAAAUGAUGGUAACAAGUACUUUUCUAGGUGGACAACAUGAGUCCUCUAAACAACCAUCAAUGUCAAAAGUAGCGAUAACAGAAGAUAAAGGUCAAUUACACUUUAACGGAGAUAAUACAUCUGCGAGGCCAUUUGGAUUGUCUAGUGCUUUUGCUGUAGCUACAAGUAUAUCUCAUAUUCAAAGAUACGAACCGCCAACAGAAAAAGCACUUCCUUCUGUACCAAAAAUGACAGAUUCACCAAACUCCAAACAAUUAGGUCGACAAAAACACGUGGAACAGCCAACAACUAUAGUAUCGCCAGUUUCUCCAUGUCAAGCUAUUACAGUUACUAGCAGUGAUCAAUCUAGCUCACCUGCGAUGAGUUCUAUAUCCUCUCAAAUUACAAGUACAGAGAAUGGACAACAUGCUAGUUGGUUGGGAAGCCCACAAUUUCCGAUGACAACACCGACGAUUGAGCGAUUAUUACCAAUUGGUACAACAACUCGAUUAACAGCUUCAAGAGCUCCCCAGCGUGUAUUGCGAUGCGAGGAUGCAUAUGGAUCUCCGGAAUCACCCCUUUCUAAAAUGGAUGUCUUGACAGUCAGUUCAUCAUUUGAACAAGACAGUGAAACUUGUAUGUCUAGUGAUGUUACCAGUCCACGAAGUAUUUCUCAACUUGAAUUUCCCAUGCCUGAAAGACUUUUACCUGUUGGUCCACAGAGAGACAUAUCCCGCAUUGCCGAACGUGUUCGACAAGCACUUGGUGUACCUGAUAUCGAUGAUACUAAUAGAAAAAAUAACGAUGUCAAGGACGAAGCAAUUUCUUCCUUAAAGCAAGACAGCAUUACAUCAGAAAACAUGUCUACCUCACUUAUGCCAACAUCAAAUGAAAUACAUUCGAGUAGAUCAGCAAGUCCUAGAAAAUUAAUCAAGCAAGUAGCUUUAGAAUCACCUCCUCCAGCAGUCGAGGGAACAGAUUUUAAUUCACGAAUAUUCGAACACGAAAAAAAAACUAAAUCAAAAGAUCAAAUACGCAUACAAAGAGAUAAGGGUCGGAAAGUAGGAACGACAGCUCCAGAUGUAGCGUUUACAAGACAUAUGAAUUCAUGGUCUGGACCACAAAUACAAUCAAAUUUAGAUUAUGUAUCUCAACAAGCAUAUCAUGCAAAUUUUAAUUUAAAACAAAGUUUAUUUCGCAUUGGUGAUGACUGUGUAUAUGAUAGAUGCUCUGAUUGUGGAACUAUAAAAGAAGAAUACUCUGAUGAAGAACUUGGUCUUUGUAUCAUUAUUUUAGGAACAUUCAUACAUCGUGAACCAUCUUUAGCUGCACCUCUUCUACCAGAAAUUCUUAGCGUAGUAACAAAGGUGGCAUUACAUGCAAUGUAUCCGUGGCAAAGCGAAACUAACAUGCAUCUACCUGGUGGUGCGAUUAGUGUGGCUCAUCAAUUUCUAAGAUGUGUACUUCAUCAACUAGCGCCUAAUGGAAUAUUCAUGCAAAUGUUCCAAACACAUCUUAAUGAAUCUACACGUAUGCAGUUCUUCAAAAGUGUUGCACAAGCUUUAGUCGAUUUUAAUGAAUUGAAUCCAAUAGCACCUUUACAGUUAUUGUUAGAGACUCUAAAUGCAAAAAAGUCUCUACCAGUGGAACGUUUACCAGUAAUACUUCACAACAUAGCUUGUUAUUUGGAUUGCUUACCAUUGGAAGCAGGUUUAGGUCCUGGGGCAGCAACAUGGAGUGGAUUAUUAGCACAAUUCGAUGGAUUAUUUCGUAGGCUUGUAUUAAUGCUCUCAUCUAUUGAGGACUCUUUACCAUUAUUACGAAUUAUGAUUUCUGUAUUAAAAGUUCCAGGCAUACAACAAUCAAAAGGAUUGUUGGAUCCAUUUUCAAAAGUAUUAAGCUAUGCUAUACAGAAUUCUACAUUGAAGUACAGUUAUUUGAUAGAUUUGUGCUAUCUUUGUCAUAGAGGAUUUACCCGCGAUAGAGAUAAACAUUUCUUAGGCAGAACUAUAGUGUUUGAAUUAAUUCAAGUUAUAAAAUUUAAAACAACGAUACCAGAUUCUAAUUUAUUACUAUUACUUCACUUUGUACUUCAGGACGUAGGAGGUGCUUUACCUAAUACUGUUGCUAUGGAACAGAUUCAAAAUGAUGUUUCUUCAAUUUAUAACACUAAUGCGUCGGAUUCGUUAAGAAGUCAAUUAUUCGAAGUUCUUGACUUUUUAGCAGAUUUUCAUACCCUCAGUAAGAUCAAGAGUUACAAUAAAGGAUUACAAGUUGGUUUAAAUGAAGAUACGUUAGGUGGAAUGCUGAAAUGCGGUUUAGCUCAAUAUGUUGCAAUAGAAAUUACCAAAGGAAAUAAUAGAGAAAACAGAGCUGUAGGACGAUAUUUAUCAUGGCUUUCUAGUGCACCAUCUAUGAUACAGCAAGGGGCUCGUGAGUAUGUGGAUUGUAUUGGACAUAUCAGAUUAUUAUCAUGGUUGUUAUUAGGCUCUCUUACGCAUUCAGCAAUGUUCGCUGGUAAUAGUAACACUCACAGUCAUGGAUCUCCAAUUUCAUUUGUACAACCAAUACCACAGGAAAUGUCUUGUCAUGUAGCAGAUCAUAUACAAGUAAUUUUUUCAGCAUUUCCUGAACAAUCCAAAGCAUCUGUGCUUCAUAUGUCAUCUUUAUUUCAUGCAUUUAUUCUUUGUCAGUUAUGGACAAUGUAUCUGGAAGAGCUAUCGAAAAAUAAUCCAUCAAACAGUGAGAGUCAGAAUGUUACUAUGAAUACCCUCUUAGAAUUUUGGGGAAAAAUUACACCACGUAUUCUUCAACUGGUCUCUUGUUCAAAAAAUCUUGCAGAAAUGGUAAAUCUACAUUUUCUGAGUCUUUUGGAAGCUCUUUUAGAAUGUGGUUCCAUUGUAUUAAGUAAACUAUUACCUCUUUGGAGUCCCAUUUUAUUUUCUCAUCAUACACAGUUACCAGGGCAUUUACAAGUACGAUUACAAAACUGUCAUGAUUUUCCACCAACUAGAAUGUCUGAACAUUUUGUUUCAAUUAGACGAGAAUCAAACGCGAUACUUUUACGAUGGUUACACCGACUACAGUUUAAGAUGGGUCAAAUAGAAAUGCAAUCUUCAACAGCAACACAAUUUUACUCUAUCUAAAAAAUUGAUAUAUAACAAAUAAAAUAAAAUUAAAUAA